GUGUCGUUGUCAGCACUUCCUGUUGAGAGAGUGAUGCACAGUUUGAAUCGUUCGUGGCCUGAAAUAGUUUAAAUACAGAAAUAAGCAGAAGAAAUACUUGCACUCCACUUUGCAAAAUGAAUUACAUGCCGGGGACAGCUAGCCUCAUUGAGGAUAUCGAUAAAAAACACCUGGUGCUUCUCCGAGAUGGAAGAACGCUGAUUGGCUUUUUGAGAAGCAUAGAUCAGUUUGCUAAUUUAGUCUUGCAUCAGACGGUGGAGCGAAUCCAUGUAGGCAAGAAGUAUGGGGACAUCCCUCGAGGAAUAUUUAUUGUAAGGGGAGAAAAUGUUGUUCUUCUUGGAGAAAUAGACCUUGAGAAGGAGAGCGACACGCCUUUACAGCAAGUAUCCAUCGAGGAGAUUCUGGAAGAGCAGAGGGUGGAGCAGCAGGCAAAACAGGAAGCUGAUAAACUGAAACUCCAAGCCUUAAAGGAGAGGGGACUUUCUAUCCCGCGGGCAGACACACUGGACGAAUACUGAAACCGUCCUUUACUUUUUUUUUUUAAACCAGACUCUUCAGUUUUAAAUCAAGAUGACGUGUUGUCCUGAAAAAGAGAGAUCAAACACGGACACUGAUGAAGCUCAGAGAAGCAACAGCAUUGAAUUAAGUAUCCAAAAACAAACUUAUUUAGUUUAAUGAAAAGGAAUAAUGGAUCUAACUGCAUCUUUUACGUUUCCAGUCUCAGAGGUUGAGUCACAACAAAGCACUUAUUUGAAGCUGCUGUAGUUACUUUGAUAUUAUGUUUGUUUUUUUUCUCACCUUGCCCCAAAUCGAGUCACGUUAAGUUGGCUUGAGAUUAUAAUUGUUUUUGUUACUAUGUAAAUAAAGAAAAAGCAAUC